GGGGCUUUUUUUUUUUCCAACAAGUAUCUUUUCAAAUACUGCCAAAUGUAUAGGUUAAUUUAAAAAGCAGAGGCUGGGUUAGCACCACUUGAAGCUGAGCUCUGAAAUGAGUUCUGUGGAGGAAUACCCCUGGUUAACUAUAAACAUGUUCAGUGCCAGCCAGGCACUGAAUUGCAUUUUUGGGGUGUCCCAGCUCCACAGGCUGAUGAGAACCAGCUGCUGCUUCCCUCAGGCUGGGGGAGCACCCUGAAUUCAGGGGUCUGGGCCCCCCAGCAAGGGUUUGCUCCUUUGAUCCCAGCAUCACUCAGGGUGGCCAGGAUGGGGAUGAGGAGGAACCUCUAAGAGGGAUUUAGGCCUGUGCUGAGGAGCAGCAGGGGCUGCUGAGCACCAGCCAGGGGCAAAUCCUGGGAUAAGGCCCAGGAAGGGGGAGAUGAAGCAGCUAUUCCCCACCAGAAACAUCUCACUCCCCCAUUGUUAAAGGCAGCAGACACUGUCCAAGCCCCUUAACUCUGCUUGAAGUCCCCACAAACAUCUGUCAGGAGUUGUGGCUCCAGGAGGGCAGCAGGGAUUUGGGAUGGAUUUAAGCAGAGGGAUGAAGUCUCCCUGUGCAUGCACCCCUCCAUAUCCAGGCAUCCCCCUGCCUGUGUGUGCAUCCUCAUGGGAUUUGCAUACACACCCUUGUCCCCCUUUUAGCCCCUCCCCAGUUCUCAGUUCAGCCAGUUCUUUGCUGAUUUGGGGUCCCUGUGCCAGCCUCGGAGCGGGGCUGGGUCCUCCCUAGUGGAUUUUUCCUCUGCUGGAAAAAGGGACGGAUCCAUCACUGUCCGCGUGCUAAAUUUAGCUGGGUACCAAGAAGGCAGGGCCUGUACCAGGAACUGGGGGGGCCCUGCUUGCCUUUUGCUCUCUCUGCCAUAAUGGGGUGUGAAGGGGAACAGGGUGAGGAACCUGGGGAAAGGGGCCAGGGAGGACCCCAGCACCCUCCCUGCCCUCCAUGCUGGACCCCUUUGCAUCAGCCCUGUUUGUGCUGCUCCCCAAACUCUCCUCGUCCGUGGGCUUUGAGCAUCUGGGAUGGUCCAAAAUGUCCUUCCCAGACUGGCUGGAUCCUCUCCCCAGGUGCCCCACACCUUUGGGGGGGCCACACAUACCCCUGGGUGUGGAUGUGGGGAGGUACCAGGUGUGGGAUACAGGACAGAUCCCCAGGCAUGGGUCUGGCUAUUGUGGGUGGGUUGGGACCCCCAAAACCCUCCCUACCCUCCAUGCUGGACCCCUUUGCGUCAGCCCUGUUUGUGCUGCUCCCCAAACCCUCCUCAUCCGUGGGCUUUGAGCAUCUAGGAUGGUCCAAAAUGUCCUUCCCAGACUGGCUGGAUCCUCUCCCCGGGCGCCCCGCACCUUUGGGGGAGCCACACAUACCCCUGGGUGUGGAUGUGGGGAGGUGGGAUGCAGGCAGGAUCCCCAGCCGUGGGUCUGGCUGUCGUGGGUGGGUUGGGACCCCCAAAACACCCCCGUGGCUGAGCUGACAGCCCCGUUCUGCUGUGCCCUGCAGAUGUGCACCCCCAGCAACACGCCGGCCACGCCGCCCAACUUCCCGGACGCGCUGGCCAUGUUCUCCAAGCUGCGCACCUCGGAGAGCCUGCAGAGCAGCAACAGCCCCAUCACCUCCAUGGCCUGCUCCCCCCCGGGCAGCUUCAGCCCCUUCUGGGCCUCCUCGCCCCCCAGCCACCAGCCCGCCUGGCUGCCCCCGUCCUCGCCCACCACCCACGGCCUCCACCACCACCUGCACCACCCGCAGCCCUCCUGGCCGCCCACCCCCCCGGCCCCUGCCCCCCCACAGAAAGCCGUGGCCACCAUGGAUGGGCAGAGAUAAGGCUGGGGCUGGCGGAGGGUUGGGGGGGUCAGGGGGGGCCGGGCCGGGGCGUUGGGAGCAGGGGCUCUCGCCGAGAAACGCACUGGAAGAAUUUUCUAGGUUUUAUUAUUAUUUUUAAGGGCGGGGGGGAGCACGUGCUGCCAGGGAGGGCACUGACCCAUGAGAGCCUCUGGCUGCUCUCUACUCCCUUCCCCUUUUUUAAAAAAAAUAUAUAACUAUAAUAUAUAAAUAUAUCUAAUGUAUAUAAAUCCAGAGAGAAGGAGCAGCAGCGUGGAGGCAGCUGCUGGGUGUCUGGGGGGUUUUCCCUGUGGCUCUAUCCCCACCCAGCAUCUCUACAUCAGGGCAGGAGAGGGAAGGGGAGGACAUGAAUAACAAAAAUAAAUGGAUGGAGGUGGCUGUUGGCACCCCAGACCAUAGCCACAGGGACAUGGAGCCACUGGACACCCUCCCCAGCUCUGGCUCCCUGGGCCCUUGUUGCAGUGCCCAGAGCAAAAGCAGCUCUCUGGCUCCCGAAAUUCAGCCCGGCUUCUUGCACAGACCCCCCCUGGACUUGCCCCCAACCCUGUCCUCCCUCCCUCAGCACCCCCAGGGCCUGGGGGUUUAUCAAAGUGAUGUCCCCCUGUCCCUGUGACCGCCCUACGUGGUGCUUCCCCAGGCAGGGGGGAGCUGGGGGUUUUUUAGUUUUCAAAUCAAUGUUGCUUAAAAAAAACAAACAAAAAAACAAA